GCUCAUGGCGCGUGGCCCUCGCAUAGCCGUAUCAAGGAUAACAUGCUGCAGAGAAGAAAUUUCUUGCAGUAUGGCCCCCAAACCCACACACCGCACUAAACCGUCAAAGGUGAACAAAAACUGAGGCAGCACCGAACAAAACAUAUCCCCAACAACCACACCAACAACACCAUGUCAGCUUGGCGUAGUGGGUUGCCUGCGAUGUCUAUACAGGACUGCGCAAAGAGGGCUCCGAUGGCUUCCACCGUUGAAGCGAGUUGCGGGAAGUCUGCCUUGAUUUUGGAUUCGAAACAGACUAAUUGUUAUUUAACGAAGCAAUGUUCCCGCCUCCAUUCCCACAAUUUAUUUUGCUUGUCUUUUCUUUUUUCUUCUUCUUGUCAAAUCUCAAUUCAAUCCGUUAUUGAUCCCUACCGUCGAACAAAAUAACGAUCGAUUAACCUCUACGGCCCCAAACACCCCUGUACCCCAGACCAACAAAGAGGCCUUAACUCGCGUCCCCCCACAAUUCCACAGCGCCGUAUGUCAGCAGCCAAAACCACGAUGGCCGGCACAGCAGCAGGUCAUCACCCAGGCCGUCGCCGCCGGAUCCCAGACCUGGUCCUCGACUCGGAGAUGAAAACCUCCAAACUAGGCAAGGGAUGCAUCCAGCACGCGUCCCUCGAACCUCCCAUCCUCCCCGGCGAUCGCUUCUCCAAGGUGCACAAGACGUGGUAUCGGAAGUCGACCAUCGUACCGGGGCGGGUCUUCCUCGAAGAGUGCCCACGCACCGCCGAGGUGCGAGCCGUCAAGGUUCUGGACGCCCAUCUCGUCUUCACAGAGGUCGACUACGCCCGCGAGCUGGAGGCGCUGGCCAAGUUCUCCAGGCCAAAGUAUGCGCACUGCUUCGUCAACUCGAGCGGCUGGUACGAGCUGGACAGGGACGUUGUCGUCGUCUCGAUGGAGUACCUGCCGCUGGGAGAUCUGGGCAGGUAUCUUUCCAAGCCUCUGCCUGAGCUUGAAGCUCGUUGCAUUGUGGAACAGCUCCUCGAGGGCUUGGGUUACAUGCACGAGGCCGGGUUUGUGCAUCGGAACCUGACACCGGAGAACAUUAUGGUGGCAGCCACUAGCCCUCGCUGGGUCGUCAAGAUCGGCGGCUUUGGAUGCGUCACUAGAGAUCCAGUAGACGUGACGAUGGGCUGCUCAAUAAACCAACUGUCGGAAAAGUACUCGGCGCCCGAGCUUCUCCGUCUCAGCAAAGCAGGGGAAGACGCUGCUUACGCCAUUGACAUGUGGUCGCUCGGCGCCAUCACCUUCCGGCUCCUCACCGGGGCCGCGCCAUUUGACGACGAAGAAAGCAGCAACCACCUCCAGUACGUCCUGAGAAGAGGUCGCAGCGAUUUGCAAACAUGGAGACUCGACGAAGCACGCGUAUCAAAAUCCGCUCAGGACUUCAUACUCGCCCUGAUGGCACCCGAGGCACACAAAAGGCUUUCGGCACAGGAUGCCACUGCCCACCAGUGGUUCAAGCCUGGGUCGUCUUCCGCGGCGGGAAGAGUGCACGUCACGCCGCCGCAGUAUGUCCCAGUCCCCAGUUCGAGCCACCAGAGAAUAAACUUGAGCAAGAUUGAAACAGAUCUGACAAACCUCCACCUCGGCACCAGGACUCCCAGCCCGGCACGUGCAACAACGACACGUGGCUCACACACGCCGGACCUCAAACUCACCCCGGAUCGUUACAACACGGGCAAUCAGGGCUUCGUCCGCCCGCGCUUCGAGUACCGCCACUCCGGCGAUACGGGCGAGGAGUGGGUGGGCAGGAUAGUCAACCCGUUUCCUCCCAGCGAGGAAAGCCAAACACGGCAGUUCCCCUCCCCCCCUCCCCAGCCAUCCACAACUCCCCGCCCCGCACUGCACAGACAGAAUAGCAGCAAGCGCAAGCUCAGCCGGGAACCGGACGACCACCCUCCGCAGCUCCAGAAGCGACCAUCGCUGAAAAAGACAGACGAUGACGACGACGACGACGACUUUGCCACCCACAUGAGCACCGCCGGCAGCUCCUUCGGACCCGCGCUGUCCGCAACCGACCGCCAUGGCGGCUACGAGACCUGCAGCGAGACGCUGGUCGACCACAACACUCGGCCGUGCCCAGGCCCAAUGGCGGAGCUGUGGGCGAUCCAGACGCGAUUCGACAACCUGGUGCGGCCGCAGUGCGCGGCCUUCACAUCAGCCCGCGGCAACGACGUCACGUUCAAGGAGCACGCCCGGCUGGCCCAGGAGCUGGAGCAGCUGCUGACGGACGUGGACAAGGUGCAAGGGCGCCGCGACAACGAGGCGGCACGCGCGUUCGGGAGGCGGCUGGUCGACAAGGUGCAGGCCGAGCUGAAAAAUGUGGACUGGGCGUUCAGGUCCGGCGGGUGGCGGUGGUGGGACUGUCGCGCGUGCAAGAAGCAGGUGAGGUUCGCCAAGGGGACGAGGGACGGCACGUACGAGGUUGACAGCGGAGAGGGGACGAAUAUGGUCGUGGUCGGCAACCCGUCUCUGCAGGGUAAUACCAUGGUAACCAUCAACAUCAUGGACAGCGUCAACCUAACAGACGCUUUCAAAGCCGUGUGCUGCAUUUUCACAGUAGCCGCUGUGUUUACUGGCACACAAGCCAUUGUCAACCCCACCGGCUUCGCGACUUCCUUCGGCAUCCCUCUCGAUCAACCACCACAGCCGCCAAAGCAACAAGCAGCAGCAGCAGCAGCUACAUUCACGGCAACAAGCACUACAAACCCACCACGUCACGAGUCCGCUGCGUCGAGCUACGUAGCACUCGUAGGCGCACGCCAACUUGGGACCGGGAUCACGCUGCUGGUGUUUGCGUACCAGGGAAAAUGGGUGGAAUGCGCAACGAUUCUUAGCAUCAUUGGACUUGUCGUGGCGGGUAUGGAUGGGUACCAUAUCGCCAAGAACGGGAACCUGGGAGGAGGGGUUUUUCAUGCCGGGCCCGGGGCGGCUAUUGCUGCGUUAGCUGGGGCUGUGGUAUGGUACAAGUAAUGCAAAUGUAAAAAAAAAGGAGUAAAGAUCCCGAUGACGUUUCGCCAGCUU